UGUAGUGCGACAGUUCGAUCUAUAGCACCACCCAAGCCGAAAGCAGCACCUCGAGUGGCGAAAUCCAUAUCGACGAAGAGGUCCCCACUUUCAGAUUUAAUGAGAAGACAGCCGGUGAAACGAUCAUCUGCUGAACUCGACGAUGAUAACGAUUUCCUAUUGGAAAGCACCGAGCCGGAAAUAGCUCAUCUACGGAUCGCUCCUCGUGAUUGGGAAGCCGAAUGGAAAGAGAAACUUCAGCAUUACCAGGAAUUCAUGAAAUCUUACUUGGACAAGGAAACACGCGAGGCCUAUUGGCAUGCGAAGCAAGCAUGGCGUCGUGGUCUCGCCACCACCGAAAUGUUACUGAGGAAUAAGAAUUGGCAAAAGACAGCCCCAUCAGAGACAGAAACGGUCAAACCACAAGCACGUACUCAGCAAGCUUCUUUGUCGCGAUUUUUUGCAGGCGUGAAAAAGCUAAAGAUCGAUACCCCCGAUGAACUUAUUUCGAAUGUCAGAAUACCCAACGAUCUUUACAGCGGUGUAAAGCAGAUUACGCCACUAUCGGUUGCACAGACACGCAAAACAAACGACGAACGGAUACAUUACUACGAACUUGAAGAUAUCAAGGACUGUUUAGGCGUACUGGAUGCGGUUGUAGAUAAAGGAUCAUCAGACGAAACGCACCAAUCGCCUUUGGAGGGAAUUUUGGUAGAUCCGCCGUGGGAAUUUUAUGUCAAAGAUGGCAGAAACGAUGGUCACUGUCACUGGAAUCUUCAAGACGUGGUAAAGUGUCUUCAGAUCAAAGCGAUUUUUCAUAGGGACGUUACUGAAUUUUGAAGCACUCUUUAGGCAUCCCUCUUAGAAAAAGUGCUAGACAAAAUGACAGCUGGGCUCGUCUUUGUCUGGGUGCAUAAAUUAAUACAAGCAGAUGUCGUAAGGAUGAUGUAUACGCUUGGUAUGUCCUAAAGAACCUUAUGGCUGGAGUACUGCUGCU